UGUGUGUGUGUGUGUGUGUGUGUGUGUGUGUGUGUGUGUGUUAGUCAGGAUAGAAUGGGAAAACUCUCAAAGCAAGGCACAGAGGAUCCUCACCACCGCAGUGAAGUACAGUAACUGUAACUUUAUCACACAGGAGCCCGACUGGCGAACUCUGUUUCGGCAGCUGCGGCACUGGAGCUUUAACUGAUAAAGUCCAGUUUACUAACCCGCGGUGGGCUGAUCUAAACACUAACAAAGCCAAGCGGUACCUGUAAUGUACACAAUAACACGUUAUCAACAGUAAAAUGAUCUUCAAGAAAAACAGGGUUACAAUAACACACUUUGACCUCUCUCUGCCCAGACAGAGGCCUCUUACUUGAGAUCACUUCGCGUGUGCACUUCCGUCUUUGUGUUUGGAUCAGUUUCAUCUAGACGAUGACGGGGGACUGUAAUGUGCUGUGUCGUGGAUUAAGCGGCUAGCUGGUCCUCGUGUGACAGCAGGGAAAACAGCGAAUGUGGACUUGAAUAGGAAGAGAGCUGGGUAGAACUUAUCCUUCUCUCCUUCAGGAUCCAAGUGUGUUCGGGAGCACAAGAACAGUCUGUUGCUCGUCCAACGAGGAUGGGACUGUUACCUCGGUUAAUGCUUAUGUCCUGUAGCUAAACGAGUUGCAGUGGGAAUGUGUUAUGAUUCAAACCAAAUCUCACACUCAGGUGAGCACUAGCAGACAGACGGACAGUCUGUUGUAAACUGGUUGGUUUAAUUCUGUCUUUAGAUGAACUAAUGAAUUAUGCAAACUCUCUCUGUGGACCUUUCGUCCAGCCCUCUGACAGUGAGAGUAAUCACUGAAACACCGUCCACAUGUGCUUCUGUCAGUCUGCUUCACUACUUUUAUAGUUCCUUAUAGCGGAGCCAUCCACACCAAAAAAACACCACAAAGUCAUAAAAUGUUUUCAUCUGUCGUUCUUCCAGUCACUGCCGUGAUGGAUGUAGUUCUGUAAAACCAUCUGAUUGCUGCAGUGAAGCUGCGGAAUGUUCCCAGAUAUCAUUCAUUCUUUACAACGCUCCUAGCGCUAAACUGGAAGAACCAAUACAAUUGUGUUUGACCCAUAAAAAAUGGUCGGAGCAUCAUAAGGUGAAUAAUGCAAUACAGUUCAACAGCAGCCUGUUGAAUCAACACCUUGAAACAGUUUCAAAACAAACAGAACUUAGUCAGUUAGCUGUACCUAAUACAGUGGCAGCUGAGUGUAUAUUUCCAUUUACAAAUCAUUAUUGUGUUGAUUUUUAUUGUGCAGCAUUGUGGUGGCAGCGUCAGAGAAAGAUUGUUGCGCUGGUCUAAAACUACUGACAGAUAGCUAUGAAUAUGACCCAUACAAUCUACACACCAGGGAUGAUAGUAGUGUUGCCUGUGUGUGUAGCAGCUGAUGAGUUGAUGUUGAGUUCCGAUUUGAUGUUGUUUGCUGUCUUACAUUUCCUGUUAACAACUUACACUUUUAAGAAAAGUGUUUGAAAUUCAAUCUGUCUCCAGAAGUCCCAUUUGAAGGGGAACCAGAAGGCUAUUGACAGGUUUUUACAUCAGAUGCACUGGUCACUACAAGUAGGUAGGGUUGCAUGUCUGUUGGUGUUGUGGUUGUGACUCAUGCUAGUUCACUAUGUCUGCCAUGCAUCAAAAUCUGACCUGCAGAAAGUGUUGCUGCUCUUCAGUAUGUUCCCCCUGUAACUCUAGAAUGUUCCACCAGACUGAUUGUCUACUAUUCACCAUGAAUUAGACGUUUGCUGUAGGAAUCCGUGGCAGUGCCACAUUUCAUUUAAACAGCCAGCUGGCAUGCAUUGAUUGACCGCUCAUUGUUCUCCCCUUCCAGAGUGUUUGUCAACCGAAGCUUGGCCAUGGAGAAGAUCAAGUGUUUUGGUUUUGAUAUGGAUUACACUCUGGCAGGCUGAACGCUCUGCUGUCCCACGGGAGACUGGACUCACCAGAUUCUGUGAACGUGGGAUUACCCGAUCCUGCAAGCACUCGCUUCACCAGGAGGAAAUCCCACAGCAUAGGCGCUGGUGCUCGUCGUGGUCACAGACGCUCCAAGGCCUCCAGUCCGUCAAAGUGACAGACGGCCUUCAGUUUUUUUCCGUCAUUGUCAAAAAAAUUCCGCCAUUAACGGAAAAUGUUCGGUUAACGCGACCUCUGGUUACAACUGCAGUUCCAAACUUACCUGACAGUCGUAAAUGAUCGAUUUGUUUGAGAGAAGAUGUUUAUGGAAGACAUUUCUGUCAAACUAACCCUCUGUGUGGCGUUAUUGUGCGAUCACUGUGUUUUUUGGUGCACCGCUUUCAUCAGAAGCCUGUCUCCCUCUCUGUCUGUCCAGUGUAUAAAUCUCCUGAGUACGAGUCGAUGGGCUUCGACUUGACGGUGGAGCGUCUGGUGUCCAUUGGUUAUCCACAAGAGCUGCUCAACUUUGUCUACGACCCCUCCUUCCCCACCAGAGGUCUGGUGUUUGACACAAUGUAUGGCAACCUGCUCAAAGUGGAUGCAUACGGGAACAUCCUGGUGUGUGUGCACGGAUUCAACUUCGUGAAGGGACCUGACAUCAGAGACAUGUACCCCAACAAGUUUAUUCAGCGUGGAGACACGGAGCGCUUCUACAUCCUCAACACGCUCUUCAACCUGCCCGAAACCUACCUCUUUGCUUGCCUGGUUGAUUUCUUCAGUAACUGCUCCCGAUACUCGAGUUGUGAGAACGGCUUCAAAAAUGGCGACCUCUUCAUGUCCUAUAAGAGCGUGUUCCAGGAUGUCAGAGACGGCGUGGACUGGGUUCACUUCAAGGGGUCCUUAAAAGAGAAGACUGUUGAAAACCUGGAGAAGUAUGUUGUAAAGGAUUCAAAGCUUCCUCUCCUCCUCAGUCGCAUGAACGAAGUAGCCAAAGUGUUUCUGGCCACCAACAGUGAUUACAGAUACACAGAGAAAAUCAUGACCUACCUCUUUGACUUUCCUCACGGCCCAAAGCCGGGUUCACCCCACCGGCCCUGGAAGUCCUACUUUGACCUGAUCUUGGUGGACGCUCGCAAGCCUGUGUUCUUUGGAGAGGGAACAGUGCUGCGGCAAGUGGACACUACCACAGGUCGGCUGAAGAUCGGCACGUACACGGGACCUCUCCAGCAUGGCAUCGUCUACUCUGGAGGUUCCUCUGACAUCGUGUGCGACUUGCUGGGCGCUAAAGGAAAGGACAUCAUCUACAUUGGAGACCACAUUUUCGGUGACAUCCUCAAAUCCAAGAAGCGCCAGGGCUGGAGGACGUUCCUGGUGAUACCUGAGCUGGCCCAGGAGCUGCAUGUGUGGACGGACAAGAGCUCCAUAUUUGAGGAACUUCAGUCUCUGGAAUGCCUCCUUGCAGAGCUUUACAAGCAUCUGGACAGCAGCAGCAACGAGAGGCCCGACAUCAGCUCACUGCAGAGACGAAUUAAGAAAGUGACACAUGACAUGGACAUGUGCUACGGCAUGAUGGGAAGUCUGUUCCGCAGUGGAUCCCGGCAGACGCUGUUCGCCUCCCAGGUGAUGCGCUAUGCUGACCUGUACGCCGCCUCCUUCAUCAACCUGCUGUACUACCCCUUCAGCUAUCUGUUCCGAGCUGCACACGUGCUGAUGCCCCAUGAGUCAACAGUGGAGCACGCCCACGUCAGCGUCAUCGACACAGAGUCGCCACUGGCCACGCGGAACCGCCACGAUGUCGACCUCGAGAUGGAGUGCAAACGGCACCAGCUGACUCGGUCCGUCAGCGAGAUCCAGCCCCCCCACUUCUUCCCUCAGGCUCCGCAGGAGAUCACGCACUGCCACGAUGAGGACGAUGACGAGGAGGAGGAGGAGGAGGAGGAGGAGGAGGAGGAGGAGGAAUAG